GGCAUAGAAAUUUGGCGCGCACGCAACAGAAGAAGAAAUUAGCAUUUGUUUAUUGUUCGCGAUGCCUUGCAAUAUGAAUUUGCCAAGCACUCCCGAAGAACUGGAGUCUCGAGAUAUUGCCAGCUGGAAGGAGCUCUUGCAGGAUUCCGCGAGAUGGCACUCCAUACCGCUGUUAAAUCAUACACCACUUCACAAAUUGAAGGAUCAAAGUUUGGUGCGUUUCCGUGGCAUGGUGCAAGACAUGAUGGAUCCCGAAAUCUAUUUGGAGCGCUACGAAAUAAAGUCAGCCGAUGGCAGCACACGGCUGCAGCAGGGCAAAUAUCGCGAUUGUCUUCGCCUGGCCAAGGAUGAGCAACUGGACUACAAUGCCGAGAGCAAUGUACACGGGGAGCGACGCACCUUGUUUGUCAUCUCACUGCCUGGUCAAAAUGACUGGGCCAAGGAUCACGAGAAGCUAUGUGGUUCGCAUUUAGACAAUCAACAGACGCCAGCUGGCAGUGGAAUAAAACGUGCGCUUGAGCAGGAAGAUAUGGAAGUGGACAAAGCAGAGGAAACCACAAGUUCCAGUUCUCUUAAAAGACAGUGCAAGGAGGUGGAAAGCAGUGGCAUUACCACUGCCAAAUCUACUGCUGUGCUGGGAUCUGACUAUCUGCUCAACUCACCGCUGCCCGAUCGUCCCAGCAUGGCGUGCAUGAUCAAAGUCUAUGAGGAUUUCGACAAGUACACCUUAAACUCUCUAAUGGACUUUGUCGGCUUUUUGUCUGUAGAUCCAGCUCUGGACGCCUCCACUCUAGAUGUGGAGGCCAUGAAAGAUGUGGAGAGCUUAAGUGAGCUGCAGGCACAAAAUCCAUCUCCGUUUUUAAUACCCCGCUUGCAUGCCUUUGGUGUGAAGUCAUUAUGCCACGCCAAUCCACUGCUGGAUCUCAGUUUGCUUCAACCCACAGAAGUACCAGCUCAGCCAUCACUGGAGACAGUCCACAAGGAUCUCCGCAUGCUCCUUAAGCUGUGUCUCUUUGAGGACGAACUUGCCGCCGAGUAUCUGCUCUCUCAUCUCAUUUCUACUGUUUAUAGUCGCUCCGAGAUGCAAAGCAUUGGCAAAUUUGCACUAAACAUAUGCAAUCUGCCCAAAGAUUGUCUGCAAGAGUAUACAAGGAGGCUUUACGAGGUGCUUGAGCUUCUCCUACCAGCGAGUCACUAUUUGCCCAUGACACUGGACUUUAUGAACACCGCAGCCUUUGCACCCAAAAAGGAUUACGAAACGAACAAGCUCGUCUCUGGGCUGCUACAACUGGCGCCUCACACUCAUCUUAUGCUGGACGAGACGCACAUGCAGCAGGGCAAACUGGAAGCCAAUGGUGUCCAUGCCAUACAACACCUGGCGCACCUGAUCAACAAUCAGCAGUUGAAGUGCGACUUUCAGUAUUAUCAAAUCGAUUAUAACGUUGAUAUACCCGUGCUCGUGAUCAGCGAGGGACGCAGCAUGUUGCCUAGCGACUUUGUGCUGCCCAUUAAUGCCGAUGUCAAGGCUGUGGAAAUCUAUGAGGAAUCUCUCAAAGCGGCUUUGCAUUAUUUGCAGCCCCAAAGAUUGCAACAGUUUCGUUCAUAUUUGACUUUGGCAAGAACGAGUCCGUUUAGUGUCAGCGAGGAUCUUACGGAAAUGAUACAGCAGGACUUUGUGGAUAUGCGCAAGGCGAAUGUGAAGAGCAAUGCCAACGAUCUACACGGUCUCCUGGUUCUUUCGCGUCUCUUGGGCAUUGCGCGAGGGAAACAAGCGCUGGAUAAGGAAACAUGGCACUUGGCCACCGAAUAUGAGUCAAAGCGUCGCCAGCGUCUGCAAUCGUUGCCCAAGUCAAGUGUACAAUUGCGUAAUUAAUUAAGCUAAAUAAAUUAGCAACUACUUGUUAUUUAAAGUUGUAUUUACAAAUUGUUUGCACCAUUAUUUAAACACUUGGAAUUUAAAGUUGAAUCUAUUGUCAAAUUAUA